CGUAACGACAGAAGGAACUGCUCCAAGAGCCUCUUGGUGCUGGGUGGCAAGGGUUAAACGCGCCGUCUCUCUGCCAUUGGGCGGUGAGACUACGGAGAGCCAGCCAUCUGCAUGGAAAGCAGCUGUCGUUUCACGCAAGAGACGUUAGACAUAAGUGAACGAAAACAGUGUGGAUUCACGCCAAUACUUGUUGAUUUGUUUCCAUAAACAAAAAGCGGAGAGACAUGUUUAAGUCUGGAGAAGAACGAGCUGCAGUCUACUGGCUUUAUUAAAACGGCGACGUUUCUGCGUUUUCCCAAAUUUAAUUGCUUAACUUCACACCGCUGCCAGCAAUGAGUCUUCACAAAUUAAGCUGUACGGUCGGGGUCCAGCCGACGUUACAGUUAACACUUUAGUUACAAGCCCAAAUAAAAAGAAACAGCCCAGAGAACCACUGGUAACACCGCUUGUCCCAUGGCCAAAUUCAUAAGGUAGUCUGCACAGAAAACAAAAACAAAACAAACAAAAACAAAAUGGAUAAACCCUCCGCAGGAAUGAGUAAAGUUGGUUCUCGCUCGACAGCCUCUCUGCCCCCAGAGCCUGUGGAUAUAAUCCGGAGUAUGUCGUGCUACCGGCGUGUCAAACUGAACGUAGGGGGUCUGCCGCAUGAGGUCCUGUGGAGAACCCUGGACCGACUGCCGCGCACACGACUGGGAAAGUUACGAGACUGCAAAACUCAUGAAUCACUCAUGGACGUAUGCGAUGACUACAACCUAGAGGACAACGAGUACUUUUUUGACCGGCAUCCUGGAGCAUUCACGUCUAUAUUGAACUUCUACCGCACUGGGAAGUUGCACAUGAUGGAGGAAAUGUGUGCCCUGUCCUUCAGCCAGGAGCUGGACUACUGGGGGGUGGAUGAGAUCUACCUGGAGUCCUGUUGCCAGGCGCGGUACCAUCAAAAGAAAGAGCAGAUGAACGAGGAGCUCAAAAGGGAAGCUGAUACUCUGAAGGACCAGGAGGGCGAAGAAUUCGAUAAUACUUGUUGUUCAGAGAAAAGGAGGAAACUGUGGGAUCUACUAGAGAAACCAGGCUCAUCUGUAGCAGCCAAGAUCUUGGCCAUCAUUUCUAUUCUAUUCAUCGUGCUCUCCACUAUCGCUUUGUCUCUUAACACCCUCCCAGAGCUGCAAGACACAGACGAGUUUGGUCAGACAACUGAUAAUCCCCAGCUGGCCCAUGUGGAGGCGGUGUGCAUUGCUUGGUUCACAAUGGAAUAUCUUCUUCGCUUCCUUUCCUCACCAAACAAAUGGAAAUUCUUUAAAGGUCCUCUCAAUGUCAUUGACUUGCUGGCCAUCCUACCGUAUUAUGUCACCAUAUUCUUGACAGAGUCCAACAAGAGUGUGCUGCAGUUUCAAAAUGUACGGCGAGUGGUGCAAAUCUUUCGAAUCAUGCGGAUUUUGCGCAUCCUCAAGUUGGCACGUCACUCCACUGGUUUGCAGUCUCUGGGCUUCACACUACGACGGAGUUACAAUGAGCUGGGCCUGCUUAUCCUAUUCUUAGCAAUGGGAAUCAUGAUCUUUUCAAGUCUAGUUUUCUUUGCAGAGAAGGAUGAGGAUGACACCAAGUUUAAGAGCAUCCCUGCCUCCUUCUGGUGGGCCACUAUUACCAUGACCACUGUAGGAUAUGGGGACAUUUACCCCAAGACACUUCUGGGUAAGAUCAUUGGUGGUCUCUGCUGCAUAGCAGGAGUUUUAGUUAUUGCCCUACCCAUUCCCAUCAUAGUCAACAACUUCUCUGAAUUCUACAAGGAGCAGAAACGCCAAGAGAAGGCCAUAAAGAGACGUGAGGCUCUAGAGCGAGCCAAACGCAAUGGCAGCAUAGUGUCCAUGAAUGUAAGAGAGGCAUUUUCCCGUGGUGCAGAGCUUCUAGAUGUGGUGGUCAAGGACAAGGGUGAGAGAACCCAGGACAACCACCUCUCACCCAGUCGAUGGAAAUGGUCAUCCAAGCGGGCAGCUUCAGAAACCAGUUCUAAUCGGUCCUUCAACCCAGACCAAGGUUCUCCUAGCAAGGCGAGAGCUUCUAGUCCACAAAGGCUUAAUGCACAGAAACUAGAAGAGAUGUACAACCAGAUGGCAAAGACUCAGUCACAGCCCAACCUGAACACCAAAGACAGAAACUCAUCCAGAGCAGGCCGUAGAAGGGAUGAAAUUGAACUGGAAGCCUUGCCAGGUCAAGGAGUUGACCCACUGAUUGGGGGUCGUGAAGGGGUGGUAGACAUGAAAAGUUUGUCAAGUAUUGACAGUUAUAUCAGCUGUGCAACAGACUUCCAAGAGAACCCACGAUUCCCCUACAGUCCGGCAGGAGGUCUAUCCUUCCCAGAAAGCUCUCGGUUCUCCCACAGCUCUGUUUCUGGCCUCUCUGGUCGGGUCAGUGCUAAUCCAAGCCUGCAGACCACCUUGGAGCAUGAGACUAUGCUCACACCACCAUGUUCUGGUGCUAAACCUCUCAACAACGAGGGUUUACGGCAACAAGGACUUCUUGGAAACUCUCAGAAAAUGCAUUCGGUUAGGGUGAAUUAUCGCAAUUGUGGGGAGGCCAGCCCAUCAGGUGGUGCUCUGUCUGAUUGCUCUAUUCUAUCUGACCACUCCAUCCUAAGCCCAGAGGUGUCAGUCUACACAACAGCCAGCAGCAGGACUCCACCUAAGACACCUGAGAGAAAGGCACUCACCCCUACAGUCUUCACUUUUCAUGACUCAUCUAUCAGCAAGUACAUCGAUGCUGACACAGAUGAUGAGGAGCUCUUGCGUGAAGGUGGCCCAUCGGAGUGUCUACUGGGUGGCCUGAGCUCUAAGCCUAGGCUUAGUGGUUACCAGGGGGCAACCAACCACUUGGAAGCUGCCCAAAGGCUGCUAGGUCAAAACUGCCUAUUCCCACUGGGAAGUAGCCCAAGUUCUGGCCAUGAGAACCAUGUGGCUUCAGAGAACUCACGAAGGCCUAAAGGGGACAGGGGACAUUCCAGCAUUUUUGAUAAGGGCCUCUGAGGCCUCAGGGCCGUGAGCUGGACUCCAGAGGAAAGAAGGCCAAGUUCAGUCAAGGACUUUGAAGAAAGCGAAGACUAAUAUACAUUGAAGAAUAAUUUUCCAGGCACCUAAUCAGGGGGCCAACCCUGGUGACUUUAUGCGGGAAGGUUCACUGGAAGACAGUGGUCAUAUUACAUCUUUAAGGAACAGGAUCUUGAGGAUGUACCACUGCCUACACCUCUUGCCCCUUUUCCUCUUCUAACAAGCCUGCAUUGGUGCAUUGCAGGGGUAAGAUCAGCCAGAGUAGAUCUGGUCUACAGUUGCUGAAGCAUAAAUAGCUUGAGGCUGAAAACUUAACAGAUAUUUAAGCGCAGAUGUGUUAAAAUCAAGGUAAAUCAAGGGGGACAGUCCGCCACUGCCCACAUCAGCUAGUCACUGUCCAGGGCCCAACUCUUAAAGAUUAGCAUUAGAGACAUGUUAUACCUUGUUUACUAGUGCACCCAUACCCUGUCUCCUAAUAAACUGGCCUUACUUAACUGCAGUUAUGGAUCUGCAUACAGUAUGAGUGUUUAUGUGCAAGCAUAUUUGAAAUAGGGAGGGCUGAUGGUAUAAUGUGCACGUAUAAAAUAAUUAACAUUCCUGCACACAAGCUCACUCUUCAAAAUAUAUUGGUGUGUGAUUCUUUUUGAACGAUUUAUUUUUAUAUAGACAUGAACAUUAUCAGUAGAAUACUGUCACACAUUUUUCUUGUCAUAUUCACCAGUUAGAAUAAACUGUUAAUUGUUUCAUCAGAAGAGAGUUUAAAUUUACCUCCCCUCCUUUACUUGUUUCAUCUUUAAAUCUCUGUCAUUGUAUUCUUUGUCUAAUUUCGUUCCAGUGUGCUCUUUUUAUUGUGUAACACACAAAAAAUAAUAUUUUGAAAUAUAUGUGUUGUUUUGACCCAAAUAUUCUUCAAAAUAUUGUCUUUUGUGUUCCGUAGAAUAAAGAAAUACAUACAAGUCUGGAACAAUAAGAGGGUGAGUAUAUGACAGAAUUUUAUUUUUUGGGGUUAACUCCUUUUAAAUUUCAAAAAGUGUUAUUAAAGAAAAUGACAGAAGAUGCACUUCAUGCUGUGCUUACAAGUGUAAUAUUUUCUUGCAAAAUAUGUUUAUUAUUGCAUUUUUUUUAUUAUGUAAAAAAGUAUGUAGCACAUGCGUAUUGGCAUACCUCACCCUGUUGUAACCAGAUAUUGGUAUAUGAUGGAAUGCUAGAAUAAAUCUGACCAAGAUAGAACUUACAGAAAUACGUCAGGUCAAUUUAACAUUUCAGUUAGAAUUACCAAUUUCAUAGAAGUAGCUGCUGUGUCAAACAUAAAUAUUUCUGAAUAUAAGAAUAAAUAUAUAUUUCUAAAAUAUUUUCUAGAUGAUCAUACAAAGUGAGGGAGAUGGUCUAUGGAAAAUGUUUAUUUUAAACAAUUUGAUUUGAUUAAAGGUUUUAUGGGACCUUUUGUGUCCUUAGUUGUUAUUCAGGCUAAACACACAUUAUGUGACCACACUAAGACCACCAGUUAAUCCCAAGCAUUUAUCCUUUUGAUAGAGAGCUCUGUAAUACACUACAUAAUGCAUGGCCAGGUUUAACUCCAAAUUUGAUACAAUCCUUUCACACUGCACAAACUUAAUACCCUUGAAAGAUUAGAUCCUUAUCUCUAACAUUGCCAUCCUCAUCAUUCUGUAACCAUAUACAUACACAUAGCCCAGCAUGUAUUCACAGGUAUGUAGACAAUGUCCUGAAGAUGACUAUAUCCAGUUUCCAUGGUGACCACAAGCCCUCCCUGCUAGUGCUCAUAUCCAAUUUGAAAACCAGGAUAGUGAGGGCUAAAUUAGAUCAAAAUCAUGCACUCAAUUGCAUCUGUGUCAACAAAUACCAUCACUAAAAUCACAUUGUCAGAAUAUACUUGUCUCUUAGAACAUGUAUGUGUGUGCAUGUGUUAUCUGGGGAGUGCAAAAAUAAUGGGGGAAACUCUGCCUCUCCUAAGACUUGUGAGUGUGUGUAUGCUUCCAUCCUUGUCUCAACGAUUUUAGCUGAGUUGAACUGAGGUGUGAACGGAAUACCAAUUUCUGCAAGAGAGCGGGAGGAGGGCGUGUAUGGGAGGAAGAUGGAAAAAAAUUAGAGGGAUCUUUACUCUCCCCUCAAUAAAGAAUCAUCUAUGAAUGUGCACUGCUUACUGUAAUGGUGGGAAAGGAAGCUGCUUUCUGAGUGCUAAAGUCCCUUGCUCUACUUGUGGUCUUUUAUGUGGAUAUUAUAUAAUAUCCAUGAUCUGUCGGGUGUAUGGUCCACAUUUUAUGCUCUAUUCAUUCAGUAGAUUCAUAUGGAUAGAACAUUAGUGCUAAAAUGUGACUUUACUUAAGCCAUUGAAAACUGUGUUUCCUUUAUCUGUUAGGCUGUGCCCUAAGGUCAGUGUCAACCCUGUCUUUUUGUAAUGAUCCAUGGGUGAAUCUCACAAAGAAAUGACAUAUUUCAUUUUUUUUUUUUUUUAUGACUUGGAGCAGAUUUUCAUCCAUUCAAAAUUCUAUAUUGAAAUUUUUUUUCCCAAAAUGUUCAGUACUACAAUAUAUCUUCAUGAUUUCUUUUUAUAUAUAUAUACUGAAUAUAUAUAUAUAUAUAUAUGCAUACAGUGAUGGACAAAAAUACUCCUGCAUUUCUCUCCAAUAAUGCACUACUUCUUCCAGACAAUUGUUGUAAUAAAAAAUGCUUUUGUAUUCUCAUGUGUAUUUCUUUUGUUUGUAUUGGAACAACACAAAAGAGCAGAAAGAAAAAAGCCAAAUCUGAGACAUUCUACACACUCUAAAAAUGGACUGGACAAAAUUGACACCCUCAACUUAAUAUUUGGUAGCACACCCUUUGGAAAAAAAAUGACUUCCUGUAACCAUCAAUGAGUUUCUUACAACUCUCUACUGGAAUUUUGUAAAACUCUUGCUAACUGCUCCAGGUCUUUCAGAUUCAAAGGGCUUCUUCUCUGAGCUUUUGUUUUGAGAUAUCUCCACAGGUGCUCUAUAGGACUUAUAUCUGGAGUCAUUGCUGGCAACUUCA